CGGGAGGCGGCGGGCAACUUCCUUCCCGGCGCGGCGUCUCCAGCCCCGGCAGACCGCGAAUUCCCAUGAUGCUUUGGUCAAAAGAUACGAAAGAGGCCAUGAAGUCAUUGGUCUUCACUUAGCGAUGCAAGCCAGAAUGGCUGCCCUAGAAGCUGCAGGCAUCGUUGAGAAUCCCAGGGCCAAGUCUCUCUUGGUCAAAGAUGGAAAAGAGUCCCAGGAGGAAAAUGGGGCAGCCAGCCACCUCUCCGAACCCUGUGGUGCUUCCUUCGCUGGGGCAGAGCCCAGUCGGCAACAGGCGCCGGCCAGCAAGCUGAAGAAGACAGCGUUUAAAUUCUUUGGGGGGAAGAGAAGCAUCUGCACCCUACCAAGCUUUUUUGGGGGCAAGAAUAAAAGCCAGGCCAAGGGAGCCUCCAAAAAGGGUCUCAGCAAGAGCAAGACUCACGACGGCAUCAGUGACGUGGUGCACGAAGAGGCCAGUUCUGGUUGUCUCAGGAGUCCCUCGGAUGGAGGGCCAGACUUCCCUUCUCCCCAGCUGCUGCCAAGUUCUCAGAGUGCUGUUUUGGGAGCCGAGCUCAAAGUUGGCUUCACCCAGACCACAAACUUUCUCUCCAGCAGAUCUGAAGGCUUUGAAAAGAAGCUGACAGGGGAGAAGUCCUUGUUCCUGCCGAGAUCCAAAAAGGGGCUGAAGGAGCUUUUUAACAGCAUUCGCCAUCAUCGGAAGAACAAAGUUGCUGAACCUGAGAAGACAGAGCUGCAAGAAUGGGCUCUCAGGGACACCGUGACCGAAGAACAGCCACGUGGAAAUGGGCUGGGUGGGAAUCCUCAGAGUGGGACUGUGACGCCAGAAUGUGCGGAGAAUUUCUCCGGUGAUGCGGUGCCUUCAAUAGACGACCAUAAUGAGGCAGGAGAGGUGGACUGCUUGGCCUCAAGCCCAGUUAGGUCCAUUGGUGAGACAGAUAGAGGAACAGCGUGUUCUGAAGAAUCUCGAGAUGGGCAGCCCAACCUGGAGGACGUCUGUGCUGACUCUGCCUACGGUGACCUCCCUGAUGCAUUUGAACCAGAGUUCCUGGAGAAGAGCCCUCCUUGCGUACCCUCCGGGGAGCAACUUAGCUUGAUGUUUGGGGAGGUGACAUCCCUUAAAAGCUUUGACUCCUUCACCGGUUGUGGAGAUAUCAUUGCAGAACCGGAUAUUGAUAGCAUCACGGAGAGCUCAACAUCUGUGGAACGCAGCCGGGAUGCGACCAAGAGGACCUCUUGUUUGGUUACUUACCAAGGUGGAGGGGAGGAAAUGGCCCUGCCGGAUGAUUUAGAAGAGUACCUCCAGCAGGUGUGGGCAGGAGCCAUUAAAGGAGAUGCAGUCCCCGAAGCACAUCUGCCAGAGCUCAUACCCAAAUGUGACCUUCAGGGCAUGAAUGGUGCCAAGCAAGAAGUUAAUCUAUACCCUGAAGGAACAAGGAAUGAUCUAGACCUUCUGACACCACAUAGCGAUCAACAAGAAUCUGCUCCCAAUAGUGAUGAGGGCUACUACGAUUCUAUCACCCCAGGUCCUGAAGAUGAAGCUGGUGAUGAUUUAGAUGAAAUAAAAAAGGACCGCCUUCCAAGGGACAGCUACAGCGGAGAUGCCCUUUAUGAGUUCUAUGAACCAGACGAUGCACUAAUGAGCCCAUCUUGUGGAGAUGGAUCCUGGUUUGAUGGGAAAGUGUCUCCUUCGAAGAUAUUUGACCAGUUUUUAGACUUUGCUCUCCCCGAUGAGAAGGACUUGAUCUGGCUGAUGGAUCAGAAAAGUGAGGCAAUGGAAACGGAAGAGCAGAGGCUGGCAACCCUACAGAAACAGCUGCUUUUUUGGGAGAUGCAAAGAGAGCCGGCCCUGAAACACAUCCAGGAGCUUAGAAGAGACCAACACCUGAGACCAGGGCAGCUGUCUGAAUGUAAAAUGCAAACAACUAGCUUAGUUGGGAAGAGCUCGAGUUGCCAUGGUUGUGAGCAAAUGAAUUUUUGUGCUUUGAAUGAUAGUCUAAGCGGUGGAAAGAAGCUAGCAGAAAACCAAGACUGGGAAGAUGAUUUCCACAGGAAGCUCUGUCCAGAAAAGCUUUGUGAUAGUAGCAGCACCACCACUAAAGCACACAACAGUUGCCUUAUUCAGCCAUUAGGGAAUGGCUCAGAGUUGGGCUCCAGCGGUGAACAUCCAGUGCUUGAUUCCCGUGCUUUGGCUUCGGGAAACUCUGUGACCUUCCCUCUCUACAGAGUGCAUGGCCACCACAGCUGCUCUCCAGGAGCUGACUCCCAAGAGCCCUGCCAGGAACACAGUGAAGAACCAGAACAAGCCGUGAACUUCUCACAAGCCUUGGUGGAAUUCACCAGCAACGGUACUCUUUUCGCUAGCCUGUCCGAAAGUCUUAGAAGCUCCGAUUCAGGCUCUGAGUUCACUCAGAACCUUCCUGACCUCCCCACAAUGGUGACUUUUGACAUCGUCGAUGUGGAACAGGAAGGGGAAGGGGAAUGUGAGGAGCAUCUGGAGAUGAACACAGACGAGGACAUGACCGCGUCCUUCGAGGCUUUCAGGGACACUUAUGACUCCAAAGCCUCCUUUGCUGAAUGUGAUGACCGAAUGUUUCCCGAGUAUCCUCAGAUCUCUUUUCACUGGGGAGCUGCCAGCCUUCCUCGGCAUCUUCGACUUCAGGAGCUGAGUCCACCUCUGCUGGAGCCGCUGUCUGCCUGCAGGAGAAGCCGAUCCCUUGAUACCAAAAGUCUGGAGUUUGAGCUGGCAAACUUGCAGCUAUCCAAGAAGAGUUUUAGGCCGUUUGAGCUCUGGAGCAGUUCCAAAAAGGAUCCUGGUCCUCUUGGAUUGGACAAUGGCCAGGAAGAUGUGCCACAUUCUCUAGGAGAAAGAGAAGAAGCUAUUGGUGGCUUCUCGUGGCCAGGACGAUUGAAUGUACCGCAUGGCAUGGAGGAAUUGUCCUUGCAAGAAACAAAAACGGGAGAGAAUGGUGGGAAUACACUCCCCUCUCAAAGUCCUUGGGGAGUAUUGGAGCACUCUGACAUGGCUCCUCCUUUGGCUCGUCUGGGGCAGAAUCCCACCCAGGAACCAGCUGGACACCUUCAAGGAGAUAGAAGCAACCACCCCGUCCUUCCACCAUUGAGACCAUUGACCAGGCCCUCCACUCUGUUUCUGCAGGCCCCUGUGAUGUCACCAGAGGGCUCUACUCCUCAGAGGCCUGGUGGGAACAAUCUGUCUAAAAAACAUGCUUGGGUUCUCCCUUUGGGAGAGAACGGUCUAGACUUGCCUUUGCGCUUUGAUUUUCCUUGCUCCCCUGACAAGCCGUCCGUGUGUAAGCCUGGGGAUGUGGCUCAGGGAACAUCUCAGCUUCACACCAAGCAGUGCUGAGACCACCUCUAGGGGCAAGACUGAACACUGAGGAAUGUUCUCUAGACCCAGAACAUUGGGGAAGCACUUCCUGCCAGCUAGCUAGUCUAUGAACUUAACUAGACGAGUAGCUUUUGUGAAUAGGGCUCCAGCUGAAUUGGAAUGGGCUUUUGUUCCGGUGAGCUGUGAGAAUACAGAAGAUACUGCAGACUGUUGACUUUGGUUUGAAGCUAGGAGAACUGGGUGAAAUGGUGCUGAUGUUUCUCCUUAAACAGACGUGUGUGGGUAGAGGGAACUUCUCUUUUGAUCCACAAAAUGAUACGGGAAAGAACAGGGACAGUCUCAGAAGUGGAGAUGGGAAUAAAGUCCUGGAUUAUUUCCAGUUGCACCAUCAUGGGAAGAGGAGCGGAAAUAAUUUCUAAAAGUCAACUAGGUGACCAAAGUUAGGUGGUGUGUUUUAGAGGAGCAAAACGCUCAAAAGACCUUCCAAAAUGAGAGGUUUACUUAUGGUGAAACUCGUUAACUCCUAGUUUUUGAGGGCAAGCGUGCUUGGAAGUCCACCUGCUAAGCUGCUUUUAUUCCAGGAGAUGCCUGUAGAAGGGAAUGCAGAUAGAGAGGUGCUGGCAUGCUUACCUGUUUUGGUCCAGAACCUCCAGAGUGGGUGGGGGCAAUUUUCUCUCUCUUUUUUAGUUGGGAGGGAAGUUUAGGGACAGAAUUAGUGCCUUAAGCCUUCCAAAGGCUUAGCACCCGUUUUUUAUUCCCCCCCCCCCAGAACUGGUCUUGGCCUGGGCCAUGGUUGGAAUGUGGCCUUUGACAAAGGGCACAAGGUCUUGGAUAGCCUUGAGCCAACGGGAGUCUGGCACUCGUGAUAUAUAGGACCGCAGCUGUGCAG